AUGGUUGUCAAGCACGUGACUUACCAACAAGGUUCUUCGUUUCGAAUUCUUUUACGCAAGUUCAUGGUUGUCAAGCACGUGACUUACCAACAAGGUUCUUCGUUUCGAAUUCUUUUACGCAAGCUUUUCAUAGUCAUUGUUGCCUAUGAAGCACGGGUUUAUAACAGAAUCAGAAUCAACAGUAGUAGUUCAACCUCCAAGACUCCUCUCAAGUGCUUACUAGGAGACAAAAUUGUGUUGGAAAAUCCUGGUUUGUCCACCCCUUCAUUGUCCAUGUCAAACCAUUCUUCUAUUGAUCCUGCAAAAUCGACCAGAAAUUUCAAACCUUCAGGUCUCCGAAUGCCAUCACCAAAGAUUGGGUUCUUUGAUGAGGAUGCUGAAAAGAAUGGUAAAUCUAAGUCACCCAAGAUAUUAGGCAGGAUGAACAUGGCGUCAGCAGGACAAAAAAAAAAGAUUUCCUUAGGUGCGGAUCAUGUCAAAAUGGGAAAUAAAGUUGCAACCCUUGGAUCUGGGAAAGAUUUUAUAUUAUCCAAGAAAUCUGGAUUGGGAAACUCAUGUUCCACUAGCUCUACAACAUCCCUUGAAUCAUCUUCUUCAGUUUCUGUCACUACCAGUAGUGCUUCGUCGUUGAAAUCUUCCUCAAACUCGAGAAGAAAAGCAGAUUCCAGGAAAAGUAGUCUUGCUGCCUCUGGUUCAACCUCCAAGACUCCUCUCAGGUGCUCACUAGGAGACAAAAUUGUGUUGGAAAAUCCUGGUUUGUCAACCCCUUCAUUGUCCAUGUCAAACCAUUCUUCUAUUGAUCCUGCAAAAUCGACCAGAAAUUUCAAACCUUCAGGUCUCCGAAUGCCAUCACCAAAGAUUGGGUUCUUUGAUGAGCAUUUGGAUGCUGAAAAGAAUGGGGAAGCUAAUUCGUUUCCUCAUAAGUCACCGAAGAUAUUAAGCAGGAUGAACAUGGCGUCAGCAGGACAAAGAAAAAAGAUUUCCUUAGGUGUGGACCAUGUCAAAAUGGGAAAUAAAGUUGCAACCCUUGGAUCUGGUAAGAACAAUCAUAUAAUUUAA